GCAAGGGGUGUGGCUAUCUUUGUGAGCGCAUGCAGGGCGGGAGUAUUGCUUUGCUGUUCUUCCUCUCACUUCCUGAAGUGAACACUGCCCAAAUAUGUGGUACAAACAGAGGAUGACCUGUAUUUUUUGACACACCGGACCAGGACAUAUUAUCCUACGUCAAAGAUUGUUUGUCUGUGUGAAGCAUGAUCCUGUGGCAAUAUCUGACACUGCUCCUGUCGAUAACUGUUCAAAUAUGCAAAGCUCAGAGAUGUGAAGAAUUUACAGAUCUAGAUCUCAGUCACUCAAUCAUCGGAACCAACCUCAAAAUUAAGUUGUUGCUGUACACCAGGGAUAAUGUCACCUGUGGUACACUGGUGUCCCACACGAACCUGUCCACCCAUCCCCAGCUUAACCUGUCCAGACCAACCACCUUCGUGAUCCAUGGGUAUCGGCCUACGGGAUCUCCACCGGCGUGGGUGCACGAGCUCACGGAGCUGCUGCUGGCCAGGGAAGACAUUAAUGUCAUAGUGGUGGACUGGAACCACGGAGCUGCCAAUGCCAAUUAUUUCAAGGCAGUGGAGAGCACACACAAGGCGGCCGACAACCUCACUGCUUUCAUUAAAAUAAUGCAGGAACACGGGGCCUCUCUGAGCUCCAUCUACAUGAUCGGAGUCAGUCUUGGAGCUCAUAUUUCGGGCUUUGUAGGUGCUAACCUGAAUGGGUCCAUUGGAAGAAUUACAGCUCUGGAUCCAGCUGGACCUCAGUUCACUGGCACUCCUCCAGAGGACCGACUGGACUCAACAGACGCCCAGUUUGUGGAUGUCCUGCACACAGACAUAGACUUCCUGGGCUUCAGGGAACCUCUGGGUCACAUUGAUUUCUAUGCUAAUGGUGGAACAGACCAACCCGGCUGCCCAAAGACCAUCUUUUCUGGAGGAUCCUAUUUUAAAUGCGACCACCAGAGAUCAGUGUUGCUCUAUUUUGACUCUGUGAAUCGGAAGUGUACCAGCGAGGCCUUCCCCUGCUCCUCCUACAAAGAGUUUCUGGAUGGUAACUGCUUGAACUGUGACCGCUUUGGUGCUGCUGGAUGUCCUGUCUUCGGUUAUGGUGUCACAGAGUGGAGAGAUGUCCUGCUGAGGCUGGGCCAAACUAAAACUUACUUCACCACAAAUACAGUCUCUCCGUUCUGCAGGACAAACUACAGGGUGGAGGUGAUGAUAUGGAACAAGGACGUACGCUGGGGUUACAUCACUGUUAAACUUCACGGCAACGAUAAAGAAGCUGUGGCAACCAUUGACCAUAAAGCUUCAGAGUUCAAGAAGUACACCGAGGUCAAGUUGUUAGCCCAAUUUGACAAAGACCUUCAGUCAGUGAAAAAGGUGUCCAUCAAAUUCUCCACUGGGAAUGUAUGCAAGACCAAAUAUAAAUUCCGUGUUCUCCGAAUCCGUCUCACACAUCUGGAACGCAAGGAGAGGCCUCUCUGUCGAUACGACGUCCUUCUUGAGGACAACAAAGAGGUCACCUUCAGACCACUUCUCUGCGAAGAGUCAAACUUCUGAGCUCACAUGGGAAGAAAUUCAGCCGACUCUUCAAUUCCUCCAGGAUUAUACAUUAUAUUAUAUUAUUAUAAUAAGGACUUCAAAGAUAGCUUACCAAAAGUACUAACCUGGCUCCAAUGUGAUCAUUUGUGAACUGAAAAAAAUAUUGUGAUAUGAUUUUAUGUGUUUUUAAGAGUUAAUGUUUUGUUUGUUCUUGUCCAAAAAGGGAAUUUAUUUGCAUUGCCCUUGUAGGGUGAAUCAGACUGUUCGUUCAUGCAUUUAAAAAUGAAUGAAUCUCAUAAUGAUUUAUGAUGACAAGUUAUCUCAGUAAUGGAACUUGUGACUGCAACAACAAAGUCAAGGCUAUGAAACGUAUAUCAGACCAAUAAUAUUUUGUAGAAUCACACAUUUCUAAGUAACAAGUAUUAACAAUUAUUGUCAUGAAGUCAUUUAUGGCUGACUUUCUUUCCAUAACAAGUACUGGAUUUAAAGUCCAGAAUAUAUUUUUUUAAAUCAAACAUGAUUUUUUUUUUUUUACAUUUUACUUUACUAGUAACUAUAUAUUUAUUUGUGUAUGGAUGCAUCGUUGAUUAAUAAUAAAAUGUCAAGUCAAUAAUGGG